AUGCCCCAUACGCGCUCGCAAGGACCGCCGCCGUUGCCGUUUGCACUCAAGUCUUCCUUCUCGUCUUCUACGUCCGAGGUACGUGCUUCUAACUCUACUUCAUUUUCACAGUCCACCCCAGCUUUCGAUUUUACACCAAAGUCUUCACCCCACAAUUCCCCACCACCCACCCGCCCACCUAGUCCACCAGCCGUAGCUCACAUGGCCCGUAGGACAGUUUACGACCAGGCUACCACCGGCUUCGCCGGUGGUAAUUCCCCUAUCACCCUUCCCGAGAUCCCGAACGAUCGGUCUUGGCAGAUUCCAUCCUACAUUAUGACCGCCAUCACCAAUUCCUGCCAGUUCCAUGGUCGUGACGACGAGGAUGCUCCCGCUCAUAUCAAUCGCAUCACUCGUCUCUGCAGCACCUUCUCCAUUGAGGGUGUCAAUCUUGAUGCUAGGUAUCUUCAGGUUUUUCCGUUCUCACUUGCUGGACGCGCAGCCGUCUGGUUCGAUUCUCAGCCCGCUGGCACUUUCACUACUUGGGCAGGCCUUCGCGAUGCAUUCUUAGCCAAGUAUUUUCCGCCAGCCAAGGCAUCUCGCCUUCGUGACCAGAUCCACUCAUUUCGUAUGGAGCCAGAUGAGCCUUAUCACUUAGCUUGGGAGCGUUUUCAGACCCUGAUUACCCGUUGUUCUCAGCAUGGUCUAUCUGACUGGGGGUUAGUAGAGAAGUUCUACAAUGGACUUGCUCCUGAGAUUAGAGCUCGUUUCGAUACUUCAGCAGGAGGUCAGCUUAUGGGAAAGAAGACAGUGGCGGAGUGCAAUGAUUUGUUUGAGAGUUUUGCCCACUCCGAUAUGGACUACAGUACUACCAGCAGGACUUCCAUUCCUGUGCGUACCACCUCGGCCGGUCGAGGGGUAAACCAAGUUAGCUUGGAUUCAUCGGUAGCUGCUGCAGUCGAGAGAGCGAAGGAGGAGCUGAGGCAAGAGAUGAGGCAGGAGUUGAGUGAGAUAAAGAAGAAAGUCGAUAGGUGUGAGGUUUGUCGAGGAGGACAUGAUACUAUAGAUUGUCCUACGAUCACUCUUGAGCAGGUAGAGUACAUAGCCGGUCAGUCUAGGGGUCCCACGAAUCCGUUCAAUAAUUCUAAUUCCAACUGGCGCGGUAGUGGUAACUCGAGUGGUUAUCGUUCGUCUGGAAAUCCUCCUGGAUUUCCAUCUGGUCAGUAUCAGAGUAGAGGGCCCGGUAUUUACACGAAUUCUGGUUCAGGGCAGUUUAGUGGGUCAGGUUCGAGUGGUCAGUUUAUGAGUGGAGGACCGACUCAGGAGAGUCAGGGCAGUGGGAAGGCUCCUGAGGUUAGUACGAACAGGUUGGAGGAGAUGUUCGCCCAGAUGAUGACGCGGACCGAUGCGUUCAUGAAAAAUCAGGAGCAAAUUAAUAAAAACAACGAGCUCCAGUUCAAGAAUCAGCAGGCCGCCCUCCUCGAUCUUCAGAGGACAGUAGGCGGGCUUGCUAAGCAGUUACAGGAGCACCCACCGGGUCAGUUUUCGGGAAACACUUUCCCGAAUCCCGCGAAUCAGUCAGCGAAGGCAAUUACGACCCGUAGUGGGAAGAGUUUGGGAGAGGUAGUGAGAGAAAGAGAGGUUGAAGAGGUAGAAGAGGAGGUCGAUGAGGAGAUCGAGAUGGAGGCUCCAGGCAAGUCUAUGCCUAAAUACGCGAAAUUCCACAAAGAUCUUUUGAAGCGUAAGGAGAGAAUCGGUGAGCUUUCGAAUAUUCCAUUGACAGGAGGUUGUUCCGCGGUAGUCUUGAAUAAGCUACCAGAGAAGUUGACCGACCCUGGCACAUUCACGAUUCCAUGUUUCUUUGGGGGAGCCGUUACCCCUGCUCACGCCUUAGCCGAUUUAGGGGCCAGCAUCAAUCUGAUGCCAUUCUCGUUGUAUGAGCGACUUGGUCUAGGAGAGCUUACACCCACGCGCAUGUCAUUGUCUUUGGCUGACCGAUCAGUCAAGUAUCCUCGCGGGAUAGUAGAGAAUUUGUUGGUGAAGGUUGAUAGGUUUGUGUUCCCAGUAGAUUUCGUUGUGCUCGAUAUGGAGGCCGAUGAGAGAGUUCCUAUUAUUCUAGGCCGUCCAUUCCUUCGAACCGCAAAGGCGAUCAUCGACGUCUUUGACGGUAAGAUUUCUCUUCGUGCGGGUGACAUUGUCACAUUCGAGAUUGAUAUAGCGAUGCAGCAUCCUAGCGGCCGUGAUGAUGAUGUUGGGCCGUGUCAUUCCGUUUACUUUCUCAGUUCAUUCAUAUCUUGUGUCGACACGUGUCUCGAGUAUAUUAGUGGAGCUGAUUUAGUAGGCGAGGGAGUUGUUGGCGAGCAUUCUGAGGAUGAGGUAGAUGAGUUAGAUGAGGUAGAGGAGGAGCAGUUAGAUGAGAGCGAUGAGUUGAGUGCUGAACCUUUAGAGCUCGAUGCGAUUAGUGAUGAGAGUCCCCGUAGAGAUUCCACCGCCUUUAGAACUUAA